ACUCGAUCGGUCGAUCGGUUUGACGGUUUUGGUAUCUAAGCUGUAAGCGGCUAAGCGCCAAUGAUGCAGGCGGGCGCCGCCGCGGUCCGCGCGAUGGAAGAAGGCCGCGGCGGCGAUCCGCCGUCGUCGUCGUCGUCGGCGGCGGCGGCGGCCGGGGUGGCGAUUGGGUACCCAUUCCUCGAGCCUCAGCAGGGCGCCCGCUUACGCCGACGCAGGACGAUUAGCCCGUUCAAGAAGUACUUUUCAAGGGGUUUUGCAAUCGGUAUGGAAAUCGCGUUUAUAGUUUUCGGCACCAUAGUACAUUUCCCCGUCUGGGCCAGGAUAUUUCUUAUAAUUUCCUUAUCCAUCUUGCCGUUUUCUGCCUUUUCGAUCACGUUCCAGGAGUAUUGAUAGUUUGAUACAGUACUAGCUUUGUGAGCUCGUUUGAUGAUUCUUCCCUCCGGAGGACGGAGCUCAACUGUCAUCUCUAUUUCCCAGAUUUUCUUGUAAUUUAUAACGGGAUCAAUGUGACAAUAUUAAUUAAUUCAACUGUGUAAAAAGGAUCACACCAUGUUCAUAGGAAGUCACAAAAUCAGGGCAUAUCCUUCAGACUACAAAGCUUGAGAGUUGAGACCUUGAGUUCUGAAGAAAAAGGGAGCUUCAUAAGGGCAUCUUGUGCAUCAUUGUUCAAACUGGGAUAGCCAUGCACCUUGUCAGCGAAGGGAACAUGAAAUUGUUUGUGCCUAUGAUCCACCCGUGUUUGGAGAGCUUAAGAGCUUAAGGUUCUAGGC